CGGCGAGCACGUGGGCGCGUGGAAGGUUUGGCCGCCUUCACUGGCUGUUUCAGGCUUGAUCGCAUCCAGCGCAGUGUUCAGUGGGCUGAACAGUUACCCAUGAAAAAUGGCGGAAGCAGUUUUCCAUGCCCCAAAGAGGAAAAGAAGAGUAUAUGAGAAUUAUGAGUCUCCUUUGCCGAUCCCUUUUGGUCAGGACUGUGGUCCUAAGAAAGAAUUCAAGAUAUUCUGUGCUGAAAUGAUAAACAACAAUGUAAUUGUGAGGGGCGCAGAAGAUAUUGAGCAGCUGUACGGGAAAGGUUAUUUUGGAAAAGGUAUCCUGUCUAGAAGCCGUCCCAACUUCACAAUUUCAGAUCCUAAGCUGGUUGCUAAAUGGAAAGAUAUGAAGACAGACAUGCCUAUAAUCACGUCAAAGAAGUAUCAGCAUAGUAUAGAAUGGGCCACAAAGCUCAUGCAAAGACAAGGGCAGGACGAGAGUACAGUGCGUAGAAUCCUCGAGGAUUACACAAAACCGCUUGAGCAUCCCUGUAUAAAAAGGAAGGAAGAGGUUCCACUGCAGGAUGAGCUGAACUCUAAAAUGGUUUCCAAAGUGGAAGGCACAGCAGCUGGAGAGAAGGUUUCUGUGAUAAAUGGAGACCCGGGAAAGUCGACUGAUAUGGAGGAUCCCAGCUCGCAAUCACACUGCCUGCAGGAGAGCUCUGGGCGUGACCCACUGGCUGUCCGCAGCUCAGAUGAACACGUGGUAACAGGCCCUGCACCUCUGCCCCAAGUCCACUGCAGCAAACAGGAUGUUCCCCUCCCCCUGUGUGGCACUCAGCGUGACGACAGCAGCCAACACGGGGGACUCAUCUGUGACAGAGGGAAAGGACCUGAUCACGAGUACGUGCUCGUGGAGGAAGUCGUGUGUGAUGAGAGCGAGAGGGAGGAUGCCCCAAAUGAGCAAUUGGUGCAAAAAAAGAGGCUAAUAUGCAGAAGAAAUCCGUAUAGGAUCUUUGAGUAUUUGCAGCUCAGCCUAGAAGAGGCCUUCUUCCUCGUCUACGCUCUGGGAUGUCUAAGUAUUUACUAUGACAAGGAACCUUUAACGAUUGUGAAACUCUGGAAAGUUUUCACCGUAAUUCAGCCCACAUUCAGGACUACGUACAUGGCGUACCAUCACUUCCGAAGCAAGGGCUGGGUGCCCAAAGUGGGACUUAAGUACGGGACAGAUUUGUUGCUGUAUCGAAAAGGCCCUCCAUUUUACCACGCAAGUUACUCUGUCAUUGUUGAGUUGGUUGACGACCGUUUCGAGGGCCCUCUCCGCAGACCUUUCAGUUGGAAGUCACUGGCUGCCUUGAGCAGAGUUUCGGUUAACGUGUCCAAGGAACUUAUGCUGUGCUAUUUGAUUAAACCCUCUACCAUGACUGACAAAGAAAUGGAGUCACCAGAAUGUAUGAAAAGAAUUAAAGUUCAGGAGGUGAUUCUAAGCCGUUGGGUUUCUUCACGAGAGAGGAGUGACCAAGACGAACUUUAGCAAUUCAACCUCACAUUUCACCAACAAAUUCUUAGUGAGUCUCCUGCGAUAAACCAAGUUUAGGGCGAGGUAAAGAGUCCUUAUAUUGUAAUUGCCCAAUAAUUUAAAAGUUUUAAAGGGCCUCGUGCUCCCAGCACCAGAAAACUGUUAGUGUUUUAAAAGAUACAAUUACCAGCAGUGACUAAGGAGCCCCGAGGUUUGCAGGUUUGUUUUUCUGUCCUUCGGAUUCGAGGCCUCUGCUGCAAUCCGCCCGAUCCUCACUCCGGCCAAGAAACAUCCGAGCUUGAUCCCCCUCUUUAUCUUUCUUGGAGCCAGAGGUG